AUGGAGGAGAGAAAUUGCACCACAGCUGCCCAGUUGAUUCUCUUGGGAUUAACAGACCAGCCAGAAGUAAAGCUCGUAGUGUUCCUUAUGUUUCUCACAAUCCAUGUGACCAUCCUCGUGGGGAAUCUCACUAUGGUAACCUUGAUUGAGAUCAGUCCCCAGCUUCACAGCUCCAUGUACUUUUUCCUCAGGAACCUGUCUCUCUUAGUUGUGGUCUAUUCCUCUGGCAUUGUCUCCAAAGUUCUGAUCAACUACUUAUUGGAAACCAAGGUCAUUUCAUUUGGUGAGUGUGUGGUUCAGUUUUUCUUUCUUUCUUUCUAUGCAAGUAUGGAAUUAUUUUUAGCCACAAUGACAUAUGAUUGGUUCAUUGCCAUCUGUCACCCAUUGCUUUACACGGUGAUUAUGCCUAAGGAAGUCUGUAUUCUUUUAGUAGCCAGUUCAAACCUCCUUUCCUGUGUGAGUGCAGUUGUGCACACUAGCUCUUUAUUCAGAUUGUUGUUUGGAAGCUCUAAUAUCAUCAACCAGCCCACCUCCACCAAAUCCAUGGAUCAGGGCAAGAUGGUGGCUGUGUUUUAUACCCUGGUGAUCCUCAUGUACAACCCUCUGAUCUACACUCUGAGGAACAAAGAAGUCAAAGGGGCCUUGAAGAAGACAAAAAUCUGGAAACUCUUCAGUCAGUGA